AUGGCUCCAUCGGACGUGGCAGGUUGGGGCAUUUUUAUUAAAGACGGUGCUGAGAAGAAUGAUUUCAUUUACGAAUAUUGCGGUGAGAUAAUCAGCCAGGAUGAAGCUGAUCGUCGGGGCAAGAUCUAUGAUAAGACAAUGAGCAGUUUUCUGUUUAAUUUAAACCGGGAUUUCGUGGUGGACGCGACUCGGAAAGGAAACAAAAUAAGAUUUGCCAACCACUCAGUCAACCCGAAUUGUCAUGCAAAGCAGCGAUGGCAACUGUCACCAAACUUCUUUGGUGCACUAAUUCUAUCUAUUUUGUCCGCUUCACUCGGUGACUCGUAG